AUGGCCCAGCUACUCCCUCUGCUGACGGCCCUGGUGCUGUGCAGCUAUGGCCCUGUUGGAUCUCUGGGCUGUGACCUGCCUCACAACUCUGUCCCGCUGAGCAGGACGACCUUGGUGCUUCUGGACCAGAUGAGGAGGGUCUCCCCUGUCUUGUGUCUCAAGGACAGAAGAGACUUCCAGUUCCCGCGGGAGGUGGUGAACGGCAGCCAGUUCCAGAAGAACCAGACCGUGUCUGUCCUGCACGAGAUGCUGCAGCAGAUCUUCAACCUCCUCCACACAGCGCGCUCCUCUGCUGCCUGGAACAACACCCUCCUGGAGGAACUGCACACUGCACUUCAUCAGCAGCUGCAAGGCCUGGAGACCUGCUUGGUACAGGCCAUGGGAGAGGAAGACUCUGUCCUGACAGCUGACAGCCCAACGCUGAUGCUGAAGAGGUACUUCCAGAGAAUCCGUCUCUACCUGGACGAGAAGAAACACAGUGGCUGUGCCUGGGAACUCGUCAGAAUGGAGAUCAGGAGAGCCUUCUCCUCAACAGCAGACUUGCAGGAAAGCUUAAGAAGCAAGGAUGGAGACCUGGCGUCAUCCUGAGAUGGUUCUCGUUGACUGAUCGCCCCAUUACACUUGUACAUGUGUAUUUGGUCAUUUCUUUUUUUUCUUUUUUUUUUUCUUUUUCUUUUUCUUUUUUUUUUUUUUUUUUUUGACAGGCAGAGUGGACAGUGAGAGAGAGAGACAGAGAGAAAGGUCUUGCUGUGCCGUUGGUUCACUCUCCAAUGGCCGCAUUGGCUGGCGCGCUGUGGCCGGUGCACCGCGCUGAUCCGUUGUCAGGAGCCAGGUACUUACCCUGGUUUCCCAUGGGGUGCAGGACCCACGUACUUGGGCCAUCCUCCACUGCACUCCCUGGCCACAGCAGAGAGCUGGCCUGGAAGAGGGGCAACCGGGAUAGAAUCCGGCGCCCCGACCGGGACUAGAACCCGGUGUGCUGGCGCCGCAAGGCAGA